CGUUUCCUGCGUUUCCUUUGAAUUAGAGGCUCAUUACCUAAGCAUCCAGCUGCUGUAUGUGUUUUAUUGGUGAUCAGACUUUGCAGAAAAACGACACCUGAGCCAAAAUAACCAGCGUUGAGCUGCUGAGUCCAUAUCCAGCCUCCUGCUCAGAUCAGCCUCGAGCCGAAGCUUCGAAACUUGCAGAAUCGAGGCGGCGCUAAAGCUGCAGCGGAGGGUCGCUGCGCAUAUUAGUCAUUUUUAUCCCGGGGAAGCCCAGAAAGCUGGAAACAAAAAACCGCUGCCAGGAGUUUUCGGGUUUUUUUUCUUUUUAGGAUGGAUUCAACGAAGGGAGACUCGACUGAACUGGCUGCGACUUUAUUUAGGACUGGGGACAUGGAGAAUGAGAGGAGGAACGCUGCGCAGCGCAACAAGUGGAGCAGGCGAUGGAAAAUCAUUACUGGGGCGCUGCUGCUGCUGCUGCUGCUGGUGCUGCUGGUCUUCCUGGCCGUGGUCCUGUCUCUGAGGAGCGGCGCCGGAGCGGGAGGAGAGGAGCUGUGGCCGGAGGAGCCCACUGAGGACAGUCACUGUCCACCCGGCUUUUCCAGGGCGCCCCUCAUCCUGGUGUCCCUGGACGGCUUCCGAGCCGAGUACCUGAAAGACCACGGCCCCCAGCUUCCCGUCCUCAGCCGGCUGCGAAGCGCCGGGACAACGGCUCCAUACAUGAGGCCUGUUUACCCCACGAAGACGUUCCCAAACCACUACGCCAUUGUGACGGGUCUCUAUCCGGAGUCUCACGGGAUCGUGGACAACAAGAUGUACGACGUGGCCCGAAACGCCUUCUUCAGCCUGAAAACGGACGAGAAGCUCAACCCCGCGUGGUACCAGGGGGAACCGGUCUGGAUCACCGCCAUGCGUCAGAACCUGACGGCGGCCACCUUCUUCUGGCCCGGCUCGGACGUGCCCAUCAAAGACACCUACCCGACGUUCUACAAGCCGUACGACAAGAGCGUGACGUUUGAGACGAGGCUGUCGACGCUGUUCAGCUGGCUCAGUCUGCCCAAGGAGCAGAGGCCGGACUUUUACACUCUGUACCUGGAAGAACCGGACUCAUCGGGACAUUCUUACGGACCAGAGAGUUCACAGGUCGUCACGGCUUUGAAGAACGUGGACCGGAUCCUGGGCCUGCUGCUGGAGGGACUGGCUGAGAGGAACCUGCACCACUGUGUGAACCUGAUGGUCGUGUCGGACCACGGCAUGGAGGAGGCUUCGUGCGAAAAGGCCGCGUUCAUAUCGAACUACCAGGACGACACCGGCGCCUUCACCCUCGUCCAAGGCCCGGCUGCUCGCAUCAGACCCGCUCGCCUCCCCGACGACUUCUUCUCCUUCGACUACGAGGGCCUGGUGCGGAACCUGUCGUGCAGGACCCCUGAUCAGCCAAUGAGGCCGUACCUCAAAGAGAACCUGCCCAAGAGAAUGCACUUUGCCAACAACCAGCGCAUCGAGAGGGGGCACCUUUACAUGAAGCCCGGCUGGCAGGCGGCGCUCAAUCGCAAAGAAAUCAAGUACUGCAGAGGAGGCUUCCACGGCUCAGACAACCUCUUCACCAACAUGCAGGCAAUUUUCAUUGGCUAUGGUCCAGGAUUUAAAAACAAAACUGUGGUUCCCCCGUUUGAGAACAUUGAGCUGUAUAACCUCAUGUGUGACCUCCUCCGUAUUCGCCCCGCUCCCAACAACGGGACCCACGGCAGCCUGAACCACCUGCUGAGGCGCCCCUUCCAUCAGCCGGGGUACCCAGCUGCGCUUUCCUACGAGACCCCCUGCCUGGCCAGCGGCCCCUCCCCCACGGACGACCUGCAGUGCACCUGUGCAUCGCAAACCUCCGCGAUGGAGAGGGACCUGAACAGGCUUCUGAUGUCUUUCAAUACAACCAGUAAAACCGGCGUACAGCGCCUCCAUAGUCCUUUCGGCAUCCCUAAGGUGGUCCAGCAGGGCGCCACCUUUUGCCUGCUCCACCACUCCGACUACCUCAACGGCUUCAGCAAAGACCGCCUCAUGCCCCUCUGGGUGUCAUACACGGUCCGUCCUCUGACCGGAGUCCGACCCACGAGUCCGGAGUCGCAGGCGUGCGUCCGCGCCGACGUCCGCGUCCCGCCGGCCGCCAGCCAGACGUGUGCACGCUACAGAGGCAAUCCUACUCUGACCUACGGCCUCCUGCAUCCCCCCAAUCUGAGUUACGAACGUGAGACGGACUCUUUACUCACGAGCAACAUGGCUCCGAUGUUUCCUGCGUUUAAAGAUGUUUGGAUCCACAUCCACGACGUCCUGCUUCCAAAGUAUUCACGCCAGCUGAACGGGACCAACGUCCUGAGUGGGCCCAUAUUCGAUGUAGACUACAAUGGACAGGUCGAUGCGCUUAGAAGCCUCUCAGGGAACGAGGCCCCGGUGCCGACACAUUUCUUCCUGAUCCUGAGCAGCUGCGGGAACUCGACCUUUGGCCCCCUGAGCUGCGAAGGCCGGCUGAGGGCCAGCGCCUUCAUCCUGCCCCACCGGCCCGAUCACACAGAGAGCUGUGCUAACGGGUCGGACCUGUCGUGGGUGGAGGACUGGCUGAAGUUUCACGCCGCCCGGGUUCGCGACGUGGAGCUCCUGACUGGGCUCAGCUUCUACAACAACAGAAUAUCCGUGGAGGAGACGCUGCAGCUCAAGACGUUCCUACAGACUCCCUGACGAUGGGACGGGUCCACAGCGAGCAGCCGUUUCCACAGGAAGCCACGGCGAUCCCACGCGGACGCAGCAGGGGCCGCGCGUUUCCUGUCUUCAGACCAAAGUCACCUGACGCCAAGUCCGUCCGCAUCAAAGCAAAUGAGUGCGAAAGCCAUGAAUUUGUGUGCGUGUGUGUGUGUGUGUGUGUGUGCGUGACUGAAGGCUCUUUAAUCUGUUGGAUGGUUUGAUUCUUCACAUUUGAGGGUCUGUUUUGUGCCUUGAGAUCGAUUUGUACAUCUGUGGAGCUGUUCUUCAUAAUCACUGAUGGAUAUAUUUGUUUGUGAGGAUUCAUGUUUAUGUUUUGUUGCCAAAGGUUUUUUCAAUGUGACACUUAUGGACAAAUACAGGUUCUUAUAAAAACUC